AUGGCAUGGAUACUCCAAAAGGGUAUUGUUCGUGUCGGGGAUCAGGUCAUUGAGAGCAUUGAGUUCACAUUAGGGGUCCGACGAAUGAAGUCAAUGUGUUUGGCUUCCGGCAUUAAAGGUGGUAAACAGGCGGUACGGGAGCAGGUGAUCAUUGAUAAGUUUAUUCCAGAAGAGUCGAGUGUUGUUGUGGAGCAUACCAAAGAAACGUACAACUCCAAGAUGGAUUUUAUGGAGACAAAUUUCGCUUCAUAUUUUCGUUUAGGUGAACUGGAUUUGGCGGGCCUCGAUGACGUAUGA